AUGGAACGAAUAUCUCCACAACAAAAAGGAAGAGAAACCAAGAAAAGCAAAAAGCUUCAAAAGCUUGCGAAAGAAGAAGAAAAGAAAUGGCAGACAACAGAUACCAUCAAGAUUCCACCGGCCAGGACAGAGACACACAAGUGGAAGACAAGGCAAAAUCCAAUCAAGAAUCAACCAAACUGGAUACAGGCGUGA